UCACUUCAAUUCUGAGUGAGAGGUUUGUGAAGCAGUAGAGGGGAGCACAAGGGGUGAUGUAGGAUAUCAGGUGGCUGCAUGGAGCGAACAUGGUCUGAAACACAUGGCACGACGCAGCGUCGCCAUGCACCUCCGCAGCCGGAACUUGUACUUCUCAUUCACCGGUCUGGAUUGUAGCCGUCUGAGGAUGAGCUUUAUAGAAGCUUGAAAAGGCCAUUUGUUUCUUGUUCUCCGGUCCACCGUUGAAGUGCAGAAGUCGCAAAAAAUAAUGGACACGGCGCGCCUCGUCGACCUCCUCAAGAAGCACCAGCGACGAGCGGCUCGCGCAGCACAUACAUUAGGUUCGCCAGUCGAUAACGCCUUUCCACAAAUCGAUACAUCCUCGUCAGACACGACUGCUGCUGUUGCUGCUAACGUUUCGGCUCGGGAAAUCCUCGGCGUGGCUCAUGCACUCGGUCUAACACCCUCCAGUCCCCGUGAUUUGUCGCGAACUGGAUCUUUUGCACCGUCUGGAUCUGCGGGUAGUGCUAUGACGAGCGAUAGUGAAGGGAGUGAUGAAGGUGGAAACUUAUUGACCUCUAUGGUUUCGUCAGCCAAGCGCUUCCAAGGCCUGCUCAAGACUACAGCCGAGGAUCAGUAUAUCGAGUUGGCUGAACCGUAUCGUAUCUAUCAACCCGGUGACCAAGUCAAAGGGCAAGUCAUUGUCAAGCUGGCGAAACCAACACCGACCCUGUAUAUGUCAUUGCGACUCACGGGACAGGUGUUGACGGGACAAGGUAAGCAACGUGUUCGCAGUACACUCUUUACUGAAUAUCUGUUGCUCUAUGGCAAACAAGCCGGUGGCGAGGUUGUGUCGGAGCGAGCAAGCACGACCUCUAGUUGCCGAUCUAAUCGCCAAAGUUGGCAAACACAAAUGAUGGAAGCUGGUCGGCAUGUGUUUGAUUUCGCUUGCCAAUUACCAGACAAAUCACUGCCUUCUAGUGUCGAUUUCGGAAAAGGCAGCAUUACUUAUGGCGUACGCUGUGAUCAUCAAAAGCCACGAUCAUUGCUGUCGAGGGGGAAGAAUGCGUGUCGCAAGAAUUUGCAAGUACAAGAUCUGAUUGAUAUUGCGCUGAUUCCACGACCAAGACCUUGUAUACUCGAUCCAGACGCGAAAUCAAAAAGAAGAGAAGGCGCAGGCCGGGUGCGCGCGUCGAUCGAGUUGGCACGCGCAGGCUGUCUGGCUGGACAGACGAUCACCUUGACGAUUCAAUUACAACACGUCAAACCCAUCAAGAACUUGCGGGGUGUGGUGGCCACGCUCUAUCGGCUCUCUCGCUUUGAUGUCACAGACUCGGCACCUCAGUCAUUUCGCAAGGAUUUGGCACAGAGUAUUUCACCACUUCUCGUGGAUCCUGCAACCUUACGCUUUAAGGUAUCGCCACGCCUCAAGAUCCCUGCAGAUACAUUUCCAACCAUCAAAGCAGCUGGACCUGUCUCCUUUCGCUAUUUCGUCGAAGUGGUGCUAGAUCUGAGUUCCAAAACGACAGUCUGGCAAACCGGUGCGUCGUCGCCAUCCGAUAACGGUCAGCAUUUCAGUGUUGAGAAUGGUGGUGCGGCUAUGGAUACGGAAGCCUUGAAACGCGAGAAGGAUGCGCAUUGUGUUGUAUUUGAAGUGACGCUUGGUACACGCGACUCAGCGACAGGACGACCUGCUGAUUUACAACGACGAGAGUCUGCUGAUGUGAUACAGCAAAUGCCAUCCCCUGCUAGUCAGCACUCGCCACGCCUUUCGAUCCAAGCUACCAACCAACACGCUACACGUGAGAGAAGCCGGACUAUUGCCUCAGAGAGUUCGUUUGCGAGCCCUCAAGCGAUUGAGUUUGAUGUGGUUGAGAAGCAAGCGAUGCGACAAUUUGAGGAAGCAUUGCUGCCCUCUGAGCCGCCGAUGGCCUAUCAAGAUGCAGCAUUGCCAGAGCAAGAGAUUCAAGGGUCCAGUAGUCGCCAGGAUGAUAGUUCAGGAGUGCCGGAUAUGUCUUUAUUGCGCCAGGGGUCUGGCAAGCUACGUUCAGCGUAUGCGCGUGAUGAUGCCGCGGGAUUGCAAACAGCGCCAAAGUUUGGUGAUGGCUCGUCUCACCUGAGGCCUUCUUCGCCUGGCAUGGCAAUUGAGUCGUCCUUGUCAGAACAUGGUGGUCACUCGCCGCAUUAUCAAACGAGUGGCAUCCCAAAUGCGAGUCAGGUUGAUCGUGGGGGCGAUGCCGACGCUGUGAUUGAGCAAGAGCUGCCGACUUAUAUGCAAGCGAGACAAGUACGAUUGUCGGAUCCUGCUGUGCGAGGCUUUGGACCCUCGUGAGGCAUGAGAUGAUACCAAACACAUCUAUGUAUGUAUGUAUCUAUGUAUAAGCUAUCUAUAAGCUCUGUAGCUAUUCUUUCAGAUGGGA